UGACAUUUAUAUUUUAAUAGAAUGACACAUAUUCUGAGUCACUGUACUUUCUCGAACCGUGACUUCGCAUUGUGCACAUUCUGAUCAGCUGUAUUCUGUCAAAAUUUUUAAUUUUUUGUUUGAUGUCUGGAAAGCUCGAUUUCGGGAAAAUUCUAUAUACCGGCUACUAGUACCCCCACUAUGUUCCUGGACGAAAGCAAUAUAUAGACGCGCGCAGCGGCCAUUACGAGUACAUUUGAAGGAAUCUUUAACGGUGACGCUUACUGCUGCCAAAAGUUGUAUUCUAAGCGCGAAAAACAGUGCGAGAUUAUAAAUUAAAAGAGUUACAGAAACGGAAGAAAGGAUGUCUCUUCUACCGAUGCUAUUCUCCAGCUGGUGGGAGGAUCUGGAGAGACCUCAUCGUCUCUUUGAUCAACAUUUUGGGUUAACAUUGAGUCCUGACGAACUGCCUAGUGCUUUGGCGCCUUUCGAGUCUGACGUUCUGGUACUUAGACCACGUCGUCGUGGAGUAAGGAGAUACCAACCUUAUGACAGAGCUGUUGAACGUAAAACCAGUGGAGCAUCAACAGUACAAGCUGACAAGGACAAGUUCCAAGUAACAUUGGAUGUUCAACAAUUUGCACCAGAAGAAGUGACUGUCAAAGUUGUGGGCAAUAAUGUAGUCAUCGAGGGCAAACACGAAGAGAAACAAGAUGAACAUGGAUGGAUCUCCAGACAGUUCGUACGAAAGUACCUUGUACCAGAACAGUGCGAUAUCGAUCAGAUUCAGUCAAGUUUAUCAUCUGAUGGAGUAUUAAUGAUCACUGCCCCGAGAAAGGAGUCUGAGCCAAAGAAUGAGAGAAUCAUCAAAAUUCAAAAUACAGGACAACCUGCUUUAAGAGAAGACUCAAAAUCAAAUGAAGCACAAAAAGAGCAACAGGCAACACCUCAGAAAAGUGCGUCGCAACAAAGAGGACAGAAGGAGCAGACAGUUAAGGCUGCUUAAGAGAUCUGUUUAAUGUUGGUUGCAUUUUAGCAGCAAACAUGUUAUAUUUGUAAACAGUAUUUUGUUAUUUCAUUGUACUUAUGACUGAUUUCAAACAUUCUUUUCCAUUCCAUUCAAGUUAAUAUCAUUGGGUUAAUCUCAUUCUAUAAUUUUUCAUUGUUCCUAUAAAUUAGUAAUUUAGAUAGAUAUUAAGUUAUUACAUUUUUGACAUGUCAUAAAAUAUUGAGAUUGUAAACACACCUUAAUUGUUUUUGUAACUAUGUAUGUCAUGUUAUUUAAAAUUUCUUUGUAAUAAAGUGUUUUGUAAUAAAAUUAAAGUUUUUUAUAUAA